AUGUCUGGCAAAGUGAAAAUUUUCCAUGGCGACACAGGCGUCGAGCACUACAUCACCGAUCUCAAGGAUGGCAUAGAGGCCAGAAGAGUAUUGAAUCUGCUGGGUCCUGGAUAUCUGAAGUUUUCGGACGAUGACGUCGUUGUGCCAGGGGACCGACUGGCGGCGGGCGAUUACCGCUUCUUUCGUGACUCUACAGCCUUGGCCCCAGCAGAGCAGCAUGAUCCCUCGAGAGAGAUCGUGUCGCAGCUGCUGCAGCCGCCACUGGUACAGCUGCCAGGGACUGACGAGCUUGAGAAGCUGCUAUUCAGCCCCCCCUCUGUCAAGCUGCCAAUACAUGCCAGGGUGCUUUGCAAGAUCCAGGACUCAACAGUGGCUGAGCACUUCCAGGCAGCUGCACCUGCAGACCUGUCCUCCUGCAUCAGCUUUGCAAUUGACCAUCCUGAGAUGCCUGCCGGCCCAAUCCACGGCGUAGACAAGCCCUGCGUUGCCAUGCCUGUGGAUAGAGCAAAGCUUGUUGUUGCGGCAGUGAACUACUACCGUUUCCUGGUUGCUUUUGACCGCGCUCUGCCGCAGUGA